AUGGGAGGCUGCAUGUCUAUACCAACAAAUACAAGUUUCUUGAAGAGAACAAAGAACCAGAAGCAAGUGCAUGGAUCAUGUGAUCAGGGGCAUAGCGUUAAUGGUGGCAAUGCAGCAGGGUUACCUUUAAGCCAAAGGAUCUCACGACCAGUCACAGUUUUGAAAGAUCCUGAUGGACAUGAAAUCUACCAAAGAUACAAAUUUGGAAAGGAACUUGGAAGAGGAGAGUUUGGUGUUACGUACCAGUGCAUAGACAAAGAAACGGGGGAAAAUGUAGCUUGUAAAAAGAUAUCAAAGAGCAAGCUUAGGACCGAAAUCGACGUUGAGGAUGUCCGGAGAGAGGUUGAGAUCAUGAGACAUUUGCCAAAAAAUCCUAAUAUUGUCAGCUACAUAGCUGCUUAUGAGGAUAAAGAGGCAAUUUAUCUUGUUAUGGAGCUUUGUGAAGGUGGAGAGCUCUUUGAUAGGAUUGUUGCAAGAGGACAUUACACUGAAAGAGCUGCUGCUCUUGUUACCAAGAGUAUUCUUGAGGUUGUCAAGUUAUGCCAUAAACACGGAGUAAUCCAUCGGGAUCUUAAACCAGAAAACUUUUUGUUUGCAAAUACAAGUGAAAAUUCACCAUUAAAGGCAAUAGAUUUCGGCCUUUCCAUAUUCUUUCAGCCUGGCCAGCAUUUUUGUGAAAUUGUUGGAAGCCCAUAUUACAUGGCUCCUGAAGUCCUUCGACGUAAUUAUGGAUCAGAAGUAGAUGUCUGGAGUGCGGGAGUAAUUCUUUACAUAUUGUUAUGUGGAGUGCCUCCUUUCUGGGCAGAAUCUGAAGAGGGGAUUGCUCAUGCAAUUGUUCGGGGUGAGAUAGAUUUUCGAAGGGAUCCUUGGCCUAAAAUUUCACGAAAUGCUAAAGAUCUUGUGAAGGGCAUGCUGGAACCAAAUCCUUAUACAAGACUGACAGUGGAGGAAGUACUUGAAAACGAAUGGAUAAAGAAUGCUAACCAAGUUGCCAAUAUUCCAUUGGGGGAAGGAGUUCGAACAAGGAUUAAACAGUUCUCUCUGAUGAAUAAAUUCAAGAAGAGGGUUCUCAGAGUAGUAGCAGACUACUUGCCAGAUGAUGAAGUGCAUGGGAUUAAACAAAUGUUCUACUCUAUGGACACUGAUCAAAAUGGAAGCUUGAGUUUCGAAGAACUCAAAGAUGGUCUAAAUAAGUUUGGGCAAGAUGUUGCUGAUCCUGAUGUUGAGCUACUAAUUGAUGCUGCUGAUUUGGAUGGGAAUGGGAUGCUUAACUGUGAUGAAUUUGUUACAUUAGCAGUCCAUUUGAAAAGACUAAGCAGUGAUGAGCAUUUACUUCAAGCUUUUCACCAAUUUGACAAGAAUGGAAAUGGAUACAUCGAGUUUGAAGAAUUGAGAGAUUCUUUAUCAGACGAACAUCUUGGUCCGAACAAUGACCAGUUUGUGCAAGACAUCAUAUUUGAUGCAGACUUGGACAAGGAUGGAAAGAUCAGUUAUGCAGAAUUCAAGGCAAUGAUGACUACAGGUGCAGAUUGGAAAAUGGCUUCUCGCCAGUACUCUAGAGCAAUGCUAAAUGUACUCAGCAUGAAAUUGUUUAAAGAUAAAUCUAUGCAACUCAAAAUUUGA